AUGCGUUCAACCAAAAGCUGCAUCAAGACCAGCUGGUCUUCCGACUACAAUCCAUGCAAGAAGCAGGUUCGCUUCACCGAGGAUACCAUUGACCCUCGCCCAUCUGCUCUCUCACACACCCUGGAAAAUUUCAUAUUCGCCCACCCCGAAGAUAUGGCUGCCUUCGAUCACUUUCCAGAUGAGCCCGUGGCCAUCCAGCGCGCACGGCACUUCAGCACACCCACCAGCAGCCCCGUUCAACCCGAGCAGAUCAGCACGUGCUCUCCCCUCAGGAGCUGUCUGAAGAAGCCUAAAAACAUUGAGCUUCACGCGGAACUAUCCAAAACCGUACGCUUCAACGAGGCGCUUGAAUAUGACACCGAUGCCAUCAAGCAUGAGCCUCCUCGACGACAAAGUCAAUCACCAUCACCAAGGGACUCCUCUUCUCAGGACUCCAAACCAAAAACAAAAUUGCCGGACAGACCUCUAAAGCGCACCAACAUGGACAAAACAGAAUCCUUGAAAGCAAAAAGAGUCAAAUUCGCAGUUGACGACAGCGGCAGCGACACCGAGGAAUUCACCGACGACGAGGAAUUCGCCUUCCGCAUAGAGGAUCUGGUGACCGAUUUUCGCAUAGACACGGCUUGGCAGAGAAUGAGAGCGCAGGAGCUCCGGGAAUGGGACAACUACAUGUUCAGAAAGUCGCUCAUGGAGAACAAAAUCCGAAACACGAAGACAUCGAUGAUAAAGAAACGAAGACCCUCAUCACCGCAGGAAUGGAGUGAGGGCGUUGAGCGUGGUGUCAAAUCCGGACUGGCUGGGUCUGUGCAGUUGACUUCGGGCAGUCUCAAGACCGCAAGAGCGCGCCAUCCGUUGUUCCGGGUUUAA